UAUUCCCGCGCUUGCGAUUCUUUCAACAAUUCCUCCAGAUGGCGACUUCAGCGCGUUUAGUUUCGUCUCUGCGACGUACUGCGUUGUCUUCCCGCGUUUCGCCCCGGUAUUUGAGACUGGGUACUCAAGUCCGACCAAUAUCUUCAGCGACAUCGGAACCUCAUCAGCCAGAUGCGCAUGGGACUGUGAAGGAUGCGCCAGCACCCACCAAGACCAUCAAAUUCACUUCAGAGUCAUACCCUGCGCUCAAAAGAGACACCAAAUUCACUAAAGUCACAAAAGAGCAUGUAAACUUUUUCCAGGAACUGCUCGGUUCGGAAUCUGCAGUCAUAGAUGGCGUCUCCAAAGAUGCAUCUGAAGACAUUGCACCUUUCAACAGCGAUUGGAUGCGCAAGUUUCGUGGCCACACCACACUCGUCUUGAAGCCUAGUACAACAGAAGAAGUCAGCAAGAUCUUGAAAUACUGCAAUGAGAAUAUGCUUGCUGUCGUACCACAAGGCGGCAAUACCGGACUUGUUGGUGGCUCUGUUCCCGUUUUCGACGAGAUUGUCAUCAACCUUCAGAAGAUGAACCAAGUCAGGUCGUUCGACGAAGUCUCGGGUAUUCUCGUUGCAGACGCUGGUGUGAUUCUGGAGAACGCCGACAACUACUUGGCUGAGAGGAAUCACAUCUUCCCGCUGGACCUGGGCGCUAAAGGAUCGUGUAUGAUCGGUGGCAACGUGGCGACCAAUGCUGGAGGUCUUCGCCUUCUACGAUAUGGGAGCUUCCACGGCAACGUUCUGGGUAUCGAGGCUGUUCUUCCAGAUGGAACCAUCUUGGAUGACCUAUCUACCCUUCGUAAAAACAACACGGGAUACGAUUUGAAGCAACUGUUCAUUGGUGGCGAAGGCACGAUCGGUAUCAUCACCAAGAUUUCCAUCAUCUGCCCACGCAGGUCACCCGCAGUCAAUGUUGCCUACUUUGGUCUUGAGAGUUUCGAAAAAGUGCAAACGGCUUUCCGAGAGGCCAAGGGUCAACUCUCCGAGAUUCUUUCAGCUUUCGAAUUGAUGGACGGCCGGACUCAGAAGCUAGUCAACAGAGUCACUGGCAAGAAGAUGCCAUUAGAGGGCGACCAUCCCUUCUAUUGCCUGAUCGAGACCAGUGGUUCAAAUGUUGAUCACGACAGCGAGAAACUGCAAGCAUUCUUAGAACACGUCAUGGAGACGGAGGUUGUAUCCGAUGGCGUCCUCGCCCAAGACCAGACCCAAAUCCAGGAACUGUGGACAUGGCGAGAAGGCAUCACCGAGUGCCUUGGCCACGAAGGCGGCGUCUACAAAUACGACCUCUCCAUUCCCAUCGCAGAACUCUACGACCUCGUCGAUGACGUACGCGAUCGCCUCACAAAAGCCGGUCUCGUAGGAAACGAUGCUUCGUAUCCCGUCGUCGACGUCGUUGGAUACGGCCACAUGGGUGACGCGAACCUGCACUUGAACAUCCCCACACGACGCUUCGACAAAGCUGUCGAGAAGGAAUUGGAGCCAUAUGUGUACGAAUGGGUCCAAAAGCGAAACGGAAGUAUCAGCGCUGAGCACGGUCUGGGCGUUACGAAGAAGCCGUAUGUUGGGUACAGUAAGAGCGAGACUAUGAUCAGGUUGAUGAAGCAGAUUAAGGAUCUGUAUGAUCCGAAAGGUAUUAUGAACCCUUACAAGUACAUAUAGAUCUUGUUUGUACAAUACAUACACCGCUGCUGUUGCAGUACACCCUGGAUUCUCAGCAACUCUGCAUGACCUUUGACGUAAUGCGCAGAAUUACACAGCAUAUUGACAGGCCUGCCUCACGGCUUCCACAGUGUUCUCGUCAAGCUUAUCUGUGAAGACUCUGAAAGAACUGUCAGCGUUCUUCGCAGCCAAAAAUCCCUGCCAGGACGUUGUCAAGUCAAGACUUCGAUGUACUUUGAUGUGCUGCGUGAAUAUUUCAAGCCAGAUGAUCUUGAUAGGAAUAUUGGAUACUACCUUGGUAAUAGGUUUGCACAAUUC